AUGUACUCGCAAUUCCAGGCCAGCUACCAGCGGGUAGAGGCCAGUCUUCAAAGACUCACAGAGUCCAUUUCCGCCUACAAUCCUUCCACAACUGCCGCCGACGAGCUCGCCGCCGCUGAUGAUGCGGUUCAGGACAAUGUCGAGACUUUAAUCAAGCACCAACAGAAUCAUCAACGACUCGAAGAACUGCGCCGCACCACUGAUUCCCUCGACGAGCAGAUCAAAAACACCAUUCGCCGACUCGCCGACUUGCGCAAAGACAUCCAGUCCAUACCCUCGGACGAGUCCAGCGAGCCUCGACGCGAGGUCAAGGUCGAUGACCUGCUAUCCUACGCCAAGUUCAUCGCCAAAACCACUGUCCCGCCCACCCAGCGCAAACACGCCGCACUUCCUCAAACAAAACCCGACGCACAAAUCACCAACGGCAUAGCGACCCCACCGCAGGCGACUUCACAGCAAGACGGCGAUAAUGCGGUGGAAGUAAACAAUGACAGUCGCGGAGUCAAAGAGCUAGGAGAGCAAGAGCUGGCAUUCAUCAUUCCUAAGAACCUCACGUUCGACGCCUGGCCCAGCGAUGUCCACAUGACCAAUGGUGCUUUGGGGCAGAUCCAGGCAAUGGUGGAGGCGGGUAGGGACCCUGCGAGUGUGCUGAGUCCUGAGGAGCAGGCUGAGGUGGAUCGCAAGAAGAAGGAGGAAGAGGAGAAGCAGAGGGCUGAGGAGGAAGAGAGGCAGAAGAGGGUCGCUGCUGAGUGGGGUUAUGGGAGGCGGCAGACGGUGGUUGAUGAGUCUUUCAACCCGGACGAUCUGUAG